UGACAACGACAUCUGAGAUAAGAAUUUGUUAUUUGUUCAUUUCAUUAUUAACGUAGUCGUAAAUAAAACUUAUAAACAACCCUAAGAACAUUAUUAAUUAAUUUGUUUAUUUUCAUUUUAUAUCAAACUAUUAUGUAAAACAAUAUGUGUACAGAAAGACUCCUGUUAAUUAUAACACUCGCGGCUGUAGCAGAUGCCGUACAAAUAGAUACACCUCUUUUUCUCACCGCUUUCAUUAAAGAGAAUAAAACUGCGGAGGCGAGAAACGCGUCUCUCGUAAAUGCGGACGAAUUUCUAAACGUCACAAGUUAUUCAGGUUUUUUAACUGUUGACGAUAACUAUGAUUCUAAUUUAUUCUUCUGGUACUUUCCCGUUGCUAAUAAAGAUGUAAAGAGAACUCCAUGGAUAAUUUGGCUCCAAGGAGGUCCGGGAGCUACAAGCUUAGCCGGCCUUUUCGACGAAAUGGGUCCAUUCGAAUUGGAUAGCAAUUUAAAUUUAAAAAAACGCAAAUACACGUGGACGGAUGACUUCUCUAUGGUAUACAUAGAUAAUCCCGUAGGAGCGGGUUUCAGUUUCACGAAACAUGAUGAGGGUUAUCCAAACAAUAUGGAUAUGUACACCGAAAGCCUAUAUAGAGCAGUGAAUCAGCUGAUCGUAUUAUAUCCAGAGUUAAGUGAGGCGCCUCUGUAUGUAGCUGGCGAGUCCUAUGCUGGGCGGUACGUGCCAGCAUUAGCCGAGAGGAUCAUGAAAGAUAAAGAGAAAGACGGCCACAUUAAUUUACAGGGUAUUAUGCUGGGUAAUCCUUUACUAGACCGCGAGAGUGUAAUUGAUUAUACUCGAGCGUUCUACUCUUGGGGACUCAUAGACGAGCAGGGCGCUCUAGCAGCAGAACCUCUUCAGAAGCAGUUCCAAAAGGAAAUCGAUGAAGGGAAUGCCCAAGAGGCAUAUAAGCUGCGUGACGAGCUUCUCGAUAAGCUCCAAGGUAUAGCGGAGCAGUCGUCUCUAUACAACGCCAUCACACCUAUAGAAGGUUUGGAACACUUCAUCAAUUUCAUCACCAGUUCGAAAAUCAGGAACUUGAUCCACGCCGGGAAUGUGACCUUUCACUUUUCAAACGACAAGGUCCAUAAACAUCUCGUAGCUGAUUUCUUGGCCCCCGUUUCCAGUAAAGUCCUAACUGUUCUCGAACACUACAGGGUUCUUAUAUACUGCGGCCAGUUGGACCUCACGACUCCCUGUGUUCUGAACAGCGAGGCUCGCAGGAAGAGGUGGAUCUGGUCUGGGAGGGAAGAGUUUCUUAGAUCACCGCGGACACCAUGGUGGUUCAAUAAUACCGUGGCUGGCUUCGUGAAAUCAGGCGGAGGCUUCACGGAGGUUCUCGUAAAGGGGGCCGGACAUCUCGUACCCAAGGAAAAACCAGCUGAAGCCAAGGCACUAAUAUCAUACUUCAUCAAUGGAACAGGUCUACCAACACCACCUUCAUACAAAAUACAUCCGGAGGACACUCCAUACUACGAGGAGUACUUUGACCUAAAAACAUCAGAAGCUGUCCCGGCGGUGGGGCUAAGGGCUGGCUUAAUCGCCAGUGUCGUAGUGAACGUUCUGCUGUUAGCUGGUAUCGCUUUAGGAGUCUACAAGUUUCUGAAAUGGAAGAGAGAAUCCGAUUAUUUCUAUUCGCCCUUAAACGACGGCAUUUUAACUAUGUCGUAUUUUGUAUCGACACACGACUACGAAGCAUCUUCCGUUUUUCUAUUUAAUUACCUACUUCAAGGCGCAAGUAUAGAACGAGAGACGCUGAGUAUACAAGCUCCAGCGAGUACUAUACUCCCAUUCCACCGCCAACCCUCAGGAGGAUCGCACUUUUAUCUUAUCAAUAUGAUAUUGAAACUACUCAUCCUUUUUACAUUUACCCACCAUGCUUUGGGUUCGGAUCGAUAUGAUUUGCCUGAACUGCCGCCUGGAGAGGCGCCGGAGCCGAUCCUAUCGUUUAUGGAGCACACCUAUAGACUGGGCCGCGGCCGAGCAACGCAUGACGGUGAUGCCGGAGAGCCUCUGCUCUUGACACCAUUGAUAGAAGACAACAAGUUAGAAGAAGCUAGAGCCGCAUCGUAUGUGAACCCGGAUUAUCUGCUCCCUGGCAUGGAUAGCUACGCGGGUUACUUAACCGUGAACAAGGAAUACAAUGCAAACCUUUGGUUCUGGUACUUUCCAGUAUCUGACCAGCCAGUUGAAGAGACUCCUUGGAUAAUUUGGUUACAAGGAGGUCCGGGCGCUUCAUCGCUAUACGGACUCUUUACAGAAAUUGGUCCAUUGGUUGUCACGGAUGAGAAUCAAUUGAAAGAACUUCAAUACUCGUGGGGAAAAAAUCAUUCGCUUCUGUUCAUUGACAAUCCUGUAGGAACAGGUUUCAGUUUUACUUACGAUGACAGAGGCUUUGCUACCAAUCAAACAACAAUCGGUGAAAACCUGUACACAGCCCUGCAGCAGUUCCUGACACUGUUCCCGGAGCUGCGGAAGGCUCCGCUGACUAUAGCGGGAGAAUCGUAUGCCGGGAAACACAUUCCUUCACUUGGGGUCCAAAUACUUUGGAAUAAGUAUCAAGAUAAGCCGAUCAACUUACAGGGUUUAGCCAUCGGUAACGGGUUCAUUGACCCGUUGUCGUUGCAAAGAUAUAGCUAUUUCGUACGCGAAGUUGGUCUGGUUGACGAUAAAGUAGCUAAUGUUAUGAACCAGUUGGAAACAGCUAUCGUCCAGUUCAUUAAAGCUGACCAAAUGCUGAAAGCGUAUGCCUACUACAAUUAUCUCUUGCAACUGUUUCUAUCAGAAUCAAAAUUAAACAAUCUGUAUAACUAUCUAGAAGACGAUAUAAGUUUGGACGGAGCGUAUCUCGAUUACAUACAAAGGACAGACGUCAGAAAGGCUUUGCACGUAGGUAAUACGAACUUCACAUCAAUAGGGGUUGUGUAUAGAAAAUUAGUGCCAGAUUUCAUGGCAAGUGCUAAAUCCAUGCUUGAAGAGCUGUUGGAAAACUACCGAGUGAUGUUAUUCAAUGGUCAUCUAGAUAUAAUAGUGGCUUAUCAUCCGUCGGUUAAUACCUACGAGUCUCUGUCCUUCUCUGGGACCAUGGAAUACAAAACGGCCAAACGUCGUUCCUGGUAUCAUGACGGGCAAUUAGCUGGGUAUUACAAAACAGCUGGUAAUUUAACAGAGGUAAUGAUCCGUGGCGCUGGUCACAUGGUCCCCGCAAACAAACCGGCCGCAGCGCUCGGACUCAUCUCAGCCUUCGCCCGCGGUAUAACUUUAGAAAAAGACACAGGUUCAUUGGUGAAUAUAGAAAAAAACAUCUCGAGAACUUAUCCUCAGCCAGUCUGAAAACGGAUUUCUGUACAUUUUUAUUGAUCUUCACCUUCGAGUACCUUUUGUGUAAAUAAUAUAAAUAUUAUUAAAAACUUUUUCAAUGUAAAA